GGGCGAUUUCUCCUUCGCCUUUUACCUUCCCUCCUCGUUCAAUUUAUAAAUAAAAGGAGGUGGAAUUGGAAGAGAGAGAGAGAGAGAGAGAGAGAGAGAGCGAAAAAGGAGAAUUCCGAGGCGAAGUAGGGUUUGGAGUCUCCGAUCCUUCGAUUCUAUUCGAGGUGAUUCGAAUUUGUAGCGGUUUGUCUCGAUUCUUUUUAUGGUUUGGGUUUGGAGGUAGGUGGAGGAGAAAGCGAAGGUCUCGUGAUUGGUAGGUUUCUUGUGCUUGGCUUACUCCGUCCGCAACUUGAUAUCCUAGCAUUUAGGAAAUGGCUUUUGCAUCGUCAAUUAAUUGUGUUGGUUCUACCAGUCCACAGCAAUGUGGGCUGCGUCAGAGUGGGGAUCCACAUUUCUGUCGCUUUAAUCGUUCAAAAGUGAGCAGACAUGAGAAGAGGGCUAGAACGGGAUCGCAAGCUAUGGUUGUUAGAUCUGUCUUUGUCAGUCCAGAGAUAGAGUUUUCAAAACCAGAUUGGAAAAAGCACUUCCAGGAGGAUUUCGAUAAGCGAUUUAAUUUGCCUCAUUUGAGGGAUAUUCUUGAUAUUGAGCCAAGGCCAACUACUUUCUCCUUGAAGAGAAGAGGUCCUAUAAACAAUGGUAAUGGUGCACCAAUCAAUGGAUGGAACGGCUAUGUGAAUGAUGAUGACAGGGCCCUUCUAAAGGUUAUUAAGUUCGCUUCGCCAAAUUCUGCUGGAGCGGAGUGCAUUGAUCCUGAUUGUGAAUGGGUUGAGCAAUGGGUGCAUCGUGCUGGGCCUCGUCAGCAAAUAUACUUUGAACCUGAGGCUGUAAAAGCUGGUAUUGUCACUUGUGGCGGGCUCUGUCCUGGUCUCAAUGAUGUCAUUAGACAGAUUGUGCUCACCCUUGAAAAAUAUGGCGUUAAAAAUAUAGUAGGAAUUCCAUUUGGUUAUCGUGGAUUUUUCGAGAAGGGCUUGUCAGAAAUACUGCUUUCACGUCAAGUUGUCGAAAACAUUAAUCUUGCUGGUGGGAGUUUGUUGGGUGUUUCUCGUGGAGGGGCAGAAAUUAGUGAGAUUGUAGACAGCAUUCAGGCUAGGGGAAUUGAUAUGCUUUUUGUACUGGGUGGAAAUGGCACACAUGCAGGGGCUAAUGCAAUACACAAUGAGUGCCGGAAGAGAAAACUGAAAGUGUCAGUUGUUUGUGUGCCAAAGACCAUAGACAAUGACAUACAGCUAAUGGACAAGACAUUUGGUUUUGAUACGGCCGUAGAAGCAGCUCAACGGGCAAUCAAUUCUGCAUACAUCGAGGCACAAAGUGCUUAUCAUGGCAUUGGACUGGUCAAGCUGAUGGGAAGAAGCAGUGGAUUCAUUGCCAUGCAUGCAUCACUUGCUAGCGGUCAAACAGAUGUCUGUUUGAUCCCAGAGGUGCCUUUUACUUUAGAGGGACCAAGUGGGGUCUUACAACACCUCGAACAUUUGAUAAAAAGCAAAGGAUUUGCUGUGGUUUGUGUUGCUGAAGGAGCAGGACAAGAGCUGCUGCAAAAGUCAAAUGCAACAGAUGCAUCAGGAAAUGUUGUUCUUAGUGACAUUGGAGUUCACCUUCAACAGCAGAUCAAAAGACAUUUCAAGGAAGUAGGAGUCCAUGCUGAUGUGAAAUACAUUGAUCCGACCUAUAUGGUCCGAGCAGUCCGUGCCAAUGCAUCUGAUGCUAUCCUCUGCACCGUACUUGGACAAAAUGCUGUUCAUGGUGCCUUUGCUGGGUUUAGUGGCAUUACAACCGGCAUAUGCAACACGCACUAUGUCUACCUACCCAUUCCCGAAGUCAUUAGAUCUCCUAGGCUGGUGAACCCCAAUAGUCGGAUGUGGCAUCGUUGCUUGACAUCUACUGGUCAACCUGACUUCCUUUAGUUUUUCCCAGAGACAUCCCUACAAUCUCUUGGAUUCGAGUGAAAAAUGCAUACCUUCUUCUUUCACACAGGUUCUUCUCCAUGGAAACAUUACUUAUUCAUGUAGCUUCUGCCUCCAUGGCCAAAUUCUUACUUAAUUUUAGUAGUCGCAAAAAUUAUCCCCAUCUGCAACGAUGAUGGGAGAGACUAAAUGAGGGCCCUCCUUAUACAGCAUUUUUGUGUAUUUGUAAUACUAAUUAUUCAAUAAGGGGGCAAUAUAAUAACUAGACAUCUGCAAAAGGCAGAUGCACCAUUUUUGGCAUCACAUAGUGCUUGUAUAUGAAAGUGCACAAUAAAUCAUGUUAAUAUAACAGUAAAUCAGAAUUGUAACCGAGCACUUGAAGAAAAUCUAUUGGUUGUGUUUUCUAUC